GAAUGAGCUUUCAGUAGACAAAACUAGAAAGAAGAAAAGAAGAGAACUGACUGAAGAACAGAAGCAAGAAAUUAAAGAUGCCUUUGAGUUGUUUGAUACAGACAAGGAUAGAGCUAUAAAUUAUCAUGAAUUAAAGGUGGCAAUGAGAGCCUUGGGUUUUGAUGUGAAAAAAGCCGAUGUACUGAAAAUACUUAAGGAUUAUGAUCGAGAAGCAACAGGCAAGAUCACCUUUGAAGAUUUUAAUGAAGUUG